AGCAGAACGAUAAAAAUAGUAUUGGGGUAUCCGGCCAGACUGGCCAACCCCAUAUAUAUAUUGUCAGAUCAUAUUUAUUUUAUUGACGACAAAUCACAUAAAAUUUGUUUAUCUAUCUUUUAGGGUAUUCAAGGAACAGAUGUUGCUAAACAAGCAUCGGAUAUUAUUUUAACUGAUGAUAAUUUUUCAUCUAUUGUUAAAGCAAUGAUGUGGGGACGAAAUGUUUAUGAUUGUAUUGCAAAGUUUCUUCAAUUUCAACUUACUGCUAAUCUAUCAGCUGGUGCCAUAUCAGUUAUUUCAGCUGCAGCUAUUAGUAGUGUUCCACUACGAGCUGUUCAAAUGUUAUGGGUUAAUCUUAUUAUGGAUACAUUAGCAUCAUUAGCAUUAGCCACAGAACCACCAACAGAAGCAUUAUUAAAUCGAAAACCUUAUGGUCGUACAAAAUCAAUUAUAUCACCAUUAAUGUUACGUAAUAUUCUUGGUCAAUCUUUGUAUCAACUUAUUAUUAUGUUUGUUAUACUUUAUGCUGGACAAUUUUUUUUGGACGUGACAUCAACUGUUCAAGAAAUUCAAAAGGAUCAACAAGCUGGAAGAAAAAUAAGUGAACAAUUUACAAUGGUAUUUAAUGCAUUUGUAUUAAUGACUUUAUUUAAUGAAAUUAAUGCAAGAAAAUUACAUGGUGAAAGAAAUGUAUUUAAAGGAAUAUUUCGAAAUCCAUUUUUCUAUUGUAUAUGGAUAUUUUCUUUUGUUGCACAAAUUUUAAUUGUUACUUUUGGUGAUAAAGUUUUCAGCACUGCAAGAUUAAAUAUUAAACAAUGGGGAUACAGUUUACUUUUUGGUGUUGGAUCACUUAUAUGGCAACAGAUUCUUUUAUGCAUCCCAAUUGAACCAUUUAGUAAAUGUUUUUCAGCUGUAUAUCGUACUUGUUGCCCAUGGUGUUAUAAAAGACAAAAGAAAACAGAAGAAGAAGAAGAGAAAGGAGAAGAAGAGGAAGAAGAAGAAGAAGAAGAGGAAGAAGAAGAAGAAGAGGAAGAGGAAGAGGAAGAGGAAGAAGAAGAAGGAGAAGGAGAUCAUAAAAAAUUUGGUAAGAAACG